AUGCUUGGUGCUAAUAUCACUGUUUGUUCGCCUGCAACUAUACCACCUCCGGUCGUUUUUGGAGCGGACAUUCUCUCACUCUCCGCAGCCUGGGUUCAAAAUUACACACUGAACGUGCCUGCUACCUUCAACUACAACCACGGAGAUGUUGCGCUUCAGAACGCUGAGUUUUGCAAUGUGACCGUCACAUACACUCACCCUGGACAUGGAGACCGUAUUACCGUUGAGUCAUGGCUGCCUCGCAAGUGGAAUCAACGAUUACAAGCCACAGGAGGAGGAGGCUGGUCGGCUGGCCGGUUUGUGUUGUCGGACUUUUUCAUGCCAGGGGCUGUUGGAGAGGGAUACGCCGCUACAACAACUGAUGCCGGGCUGGGGAGUGCAGGAUCCCCAGAACCUUGGGCUCUGACAAGCCCAGGUAAUGUCAAUCUCUACAACCUUCAAAACCUAGGCUACGUUUCUUUAAAUGACCAGGCGAUCAUUGGCAAAGCCCUUGUCAAAAGCUUCUACGGCAAAGACCCAGAGUAUUCAUACUGGAGUGGUUGCUCUCAAGGUGGCAGACAAGGCAUGAUGCUUGCACAGCGCUAUCCGACUGCGUACGAUGGUAUUGCUGCCUCGGCACCUGCUUUGUCUUGGACAGAACUCACAUCCUCUGUCUUCUACCCACUUCUAGUCACUGGAUGGUCUGGUGCAUCUUCGCCACCAUUAGCAUGUGAACUGGAAUUCAUCACGAGCGAGGCUGUCUCCGCGUGCGAUCCAAAUGAUGGUGUCGUGGAUGGGCUUAUCUCCGAUGUUUCAAAGUGUCAUUUCGAUGACCUCUCAGCGGUCAACUCGACGUUCUAUUGCAGUGCCACCCAGAAAAGAAUGUCAGUCAGCAAAACUGCCGCGCUAGUUGCCAACGCGGCGUGA